GGACCACGAGGGAAACCAGCAACCGUCAUCGAACUCGUAGGGAGAGCCAGAGGGACACGAUCACACGAGACUCCGAGAGGACCGGAGAGCCGGACCGGAGGGUUUCUCUUCCCCCGCCGAGACAGACAAGUACUCCACCACACACACACACGCGCCUCCCCUCACGAAAUUCACAAACCCACCGGAGGCACAGAAAUUUCCCAGCGAAGGAAAAAUCCAGUCCGAAAUCCAGCGCUCCAAAUCCGUUCGUCCCCAAGGCGCUCCCCCGAACCCGUCCCGAAUCCCGCAAAUCCCCGCUGAAAUUCCCCAAUCCUCCGUGCUCGCCGCCGCCCUGCGACCGGUCCCGCCCGCCUCGUGUCGGAGCCGCUGCCGCGGAUUUCCGCCCGAGGGUUUCGUCUCGCUCUCGCUCUCUCCGCCCUACUGCCGCCACAGAUUGGCGCGACCGACCCUUCAUCGAGGGCCUUCUUCCGCCCGCGAGGCCGGGGCUCCUCCCGCGGAAAUUCACUCUCGUCCAGAAGCGGCGGCGCUCUCCUCUUCAUCGCCGCCCCCGCGCUCUUCUGGUACUCGAGUGGCGUGGGGUGGAGAUCCACCAGGGCGUGGAUCCAUUCCUCUUCGUUCGGUGGUUUUUAUCCUUCAGGCGCGGAAUAUCAAUCUAUAGAGGUGCACGAGGACUUUAUAUAUCCCCAUAUUUUCGGGGGUUCAACUGAACCCCCAUGCCCCACGCUAAGUCCGCCCCUGGUGGUGGUGGACUGGAUUGGUGGACAGUGCUGAUUUUGUCGCGGGCAUGGAGCGAAGUGAGCCCUCGCUGAAGCCAGAAUGGCUGCUGCGGCCCACAGUACCUGCCACAACCUAUAAGCCGGCGACUUUGCCCCACACAGAUGAUCACGGCAGAGGUGCUUCGUCAAGAAACCGUUCAUCAGGACGAGAUCGUGAUCGGAGCUCCCAACAUUCCUCAUCUCGGAGAGGUUCAAGCUCUAGUGGUCCAAGGCGGAAUGAUCGAGAUGGUAUAGGGAAAUCAAGAGGCUAUGGUAAUUUUGGAAAGCACAACAAGGAAAGGAUACAAGAGAAGGACCUGGAUUUCCGUGACCGGGAGAGUAGGUUGGUUCAGUCAGACGAUCCUUUACGUGAUGGCUUUGAGUCAUUUAGCUCAUGCAGAUCCGAAAAGGACAGGCUUAACCGUACUCGUUCAAAGGUGGCCAUAUCAAAUCGGGCAGUAGGAGUAAGUUUAGACAAUGGUAAUGUAUCUAAAAAAGAUAAUGGUGUCAUCUCUUUUGAGCGGGAAUUCCCACACCUUGAUUCUGAGGACAAAAAUGGAAAGCAAGACAUAGGUCGAGUUCCAUCUCCUGGAAUUAGCACCCCAAUUCAGAACAUACCACUGGUAGUAUCUGAUGGCUGGAAUUCAGUGCUUGCGAUGUUAGGGGAUCCAAACAUUAACUCUGUUUCCUCUUCCUCAACACAUGCUGGUUCUAGUAAACAGACUGAAGUUUCCAACUCUGGGAGUGCGUUAAGCAUGGCUGAAACAGUGAUGCAGUCGCCAUUAAAGAUUUCUACCACACCUCAGUUAUCGAUUGAUGCCCAGAAGAUUGAAGAAAGAACUAUGAGGCAGUGCAUUCUAAGACCUCUUACACCAUCAUCAAACAAAAUACCUGCAUCUAGUUCUUUGGAUAAGUUAUUAAAAUCCAAAGGUGCAAGAGCUGGAGAGUCUAAUGGUCCUAUCAAGGUUGCUCCACAACUGUCAACACAGCCAUCUAGCAACUCUGUUCGCACUCCAGUCAAAACUGAGCUCGUAAAGCAAUCUCAAUCAGGCAGCCUUCAAGUCCUUAGUCGCGAGCAGAAUGGUGCUGUAAAUACUGCUGCCAAAGACAGCACCAGCAAUCCUGUGAGCCCUGUUCUGGGUCGAUCUUCUUCAAUGGAACCGAUGAGAAAGUCUAUUGUCAGCCCAAAGCUUAAGGUUGGCACUAAUGGUCGUUCUUUGCAUCCGCUGCAAGGUUCAUUUGCUGACAGAAAAGCAAGUGCAAAAGACAAGUACAAGUUUUUUGAGAUGUUGCGGAGUAAGUCUGUAAAUGGUUCGAGCGCUGCUAUUGAGUCUCCAUCAAGCCUGACUGAUGAUCAGCAGAACUCUAAUCUUGAUUUGCCUUUCAAGUUUAUUGAAAAUGGGAGCAGUUCCUGUGAAGAAGCAAAUUCUUGUGAGGGAUCACAGCGACACUUGUCGGACAAUGAGACCAUUCCACCUUCAGAAUCUCAUGAUGUUUUAGAUGAAGGAUCUCUGGGUAUUCAAGUUGAGGACAAGGAUGUCAGCUCUUCACAAGUACUUGGUGGCACACAAGAUUUAUCUUCUAAGAAGCCCCAGGAAGACAAUGUUAAUAUUGUGCCCAUCGUACCUGUCUAUGUAAAUGAUGGUUUAAUGAUGCCCAAUUCUGUUGAUGAUGAAGCAAGUUUGCCGUUAGAGGAAACCAAUCCUGCCGAAGUGUUACAGCACAUUGGAGCAGGGGAGGAGAAUCCCUGUCCUGCUCAAGAGUUCGAGUCCAUUGGAGCAGGUGGGGAGGAAGAGUUGAACCUCCUAAGAUCUAUGGGCUGGGAUGAGAACGAAGAUGUUCAGCCUCUUCAGCAGGAGGAGAUUGCUGAUUGUUGCAUAUUACUGAAGCGAUGAUUACUGGAGUUGUAAAUCUUACCAUUUCCACCACCUUUUCCUUUUAUAGCUAAAGCAGAACGUCAGGCUGCAGCAGAAGCUUCAAGAAUGCAAGGGCUGAUCGCAGAAUCAAUGGAGCAACGUCACUGUGCCUCACCACACUGAGGGGGUGUUUGAUACCUGGGCUAAAGUUUAGUCCAGGUUUUGGAUGCCAAAUGGGAGGACUAAACAUGAGCUGAUUAUAAAACUAAUUACAUAAACAGUGGCUAAUUCGCGAAACAAAUCUAUUUGGCCUAAUUAGUCUACUAUUAGCACUUGUUUACUGUAGCAAAACAUGAGCUAAUUAUAGAUUAAUUAUGCUUGAUAAAUUGUCUCGUGAAUUAGCAAAAACCUGUACAAUUAGCUCUAUAAUUAGAUCAUGUUCAGUUCUCCUAAUUGGCAUCCAAAACCCAGACCAAACCUUAGUCCCGGGGAUGAUCCAAACACAUGUGGAGCUGGGUUUUGGGACCUUCCGGUCAACCGAUCAGAGAAUGAUUGUCUAGCUUAGCAAAUGGAGAGUUUUGUUUUUGUUAAUGCUUGUUCAGCAUUGUGGGGGGAGGUUCCAUGGUAGAGCUGAUAAUUUUCCCCCAUUGAUAAGAGGUUUUAGGGUUUUUCUUCCUCAUUUUCCCAGAAGGAAUACACCAAAUAGAAGCCUUGUCUGGUGUCGGAGGCACGUAGGUGUGUGUUGCUCUGAAAGAAGAAUAGGUUGCCUUUCUUUUGGUCGCCAUCUUUUUUUCUUUUGAAAAGGAAGGGAAAAAAUAACGAUCGAGCUUAACAUGGAAAAGGUGCACAGGAAAUACCUUGGUCUUCAAUCUUUUGCUUGCCUCGCGAUUUUCAAACGUUACCUUUUGCUGUCUUGUAUCCAUUUCUUCGAUUUAGGCCCUGUUCACCUUUUUUUUAAGCUUAUGGCCACCAGAAGCUGGUGUAGACAGCUAAAGUCCAGUUUUUCAGUCCGCAGUCCGCUUCUAUGUAAAUCAUUUUAGUCGUCAGAACCGUCUAAAAUUAACUUGAACAUCAAAUCGAUCGACUCGUCCGUGUGAUAGUAGAAAAACCGUAACUUUCUAUAUUUUAAACUCUGUAAUUUUCUAUAUUCUAAACUCUAUGAACUCUUUUA